AGAUAUAAUGCUUAACAGAAAUGUAUAUUCAAGAUAAUUUAACAUAUUUAAGUUAAGCAAAUUUGUAUUUUUGAAAAUAAUUAUUAAGAUAUCAACGUUGAUCAUAUCCCAUUGCCCCAUAUCAAGAUAAUUAGGUUUACCCUCUGAAAGACACCAUGUUUUGUUAUAAUGUAGAAAAAUAUAUAUUUUUUCUAAGUCAUCACCUUCUAUAAUAAUAAUUAGUUUGCAAAGGGGAAUAUGAUAUACAUAAAAGUUUAAAUAACCUUUAAUCUAGAUUUUUUAAUUUAUUAUAGUCGGAAUUUAAACAGAUGAACUCUAAUUGUAAGUGAAUUUUUUUUUUAUUUCUGUUUAAUUCAAAACUUGAUAAUAAUCAAAGUUGAUUAUUGAAACUUUUUUUUCUAUAUACAGAAAUGAGACUUGGAAUAAGAGAGAAAGGGACAAAGUUAAAAAGUGUUGAUAAGUAUUAUCGAAGAGGAACUAACGAGGAAGCAGAUAGUUACUUAAGUGUUGGCACUUCUUCUUUAAGUUAUACCGCCUGCGUUGCACUCUUGUAUAAGGAUGAGGUGAAAUAAAAGAGAAGGAAAGCUUAAAGACAGUUAAAAGAAGAAAAAAAAAUAGAAAAGGACGAGAUAAAUUGCCUGGAAUAAUCGGAUACUAUCCGUCAUCGUCAAAAAUAACCUAAAGAUCUACGUUUUAGCAUAGCAUGUGCAUAUCGCAUUUCUAUAGAAUGAAAUUUUUGGCUUUUAAAUGUUUCUUAAUCAUUGUUGUAACAACAAAACAUGGGAUUUCAAGUGUAAAUGAUGUAUCAAGAAAAAGAAAAAUAAUUAUUGACACUGAUGCUGGAGGAGAUGACGCAGUGGGUAUUCUUUUGGCUCUUAAAUAUGAAUCAGCAGAAAGGGAAAUUGAAAUUAUUGCCAUUACUUGUACAUACGGUAAUACAAAUAUAUCAAAUGUUGAAGUAAAUAUUCAGAAAAUUUUAACUAUUGCUGGAAGAAACGAUAUUCCUAUUUAUUCCGGUGCUCAUAAACCAUUGAUUAAAAAAUGGGCACCUACCCACUAUUUUGGAGAAGAUGGAAUGAAUGAUUUUAAAUUUAAUGAAACAAUUACAGUUAAAAUUAAUAAAUCCCAACAUGCAGCUACAGCCAUGGCAGAUUUAGUUAAAACAUAUCCAGGAGAAGUAACAAUUAUUGCACUUGGACCUACAACAAAUAUAGCACUGGCUAUCAGCCUUGACCCAGAAUUUAUAACAAAUGUUGGCCAAUUAGUUGUUAUGGGAUCAACUAUCACUGGCUGGGGCAAUAUAUCACCUGGUGUUGAUUUUAAUUUUGGUUCUGAUCCAGAUAGUAACUCAAUAUUAAUGGAAUCCACAAAAAAACCAAUUAUUCUUGUACCACGCGAAGUCUCAUUAAGCAGUCCAAUGUAUUUGAAAUGGAGGAAAAUAAUUUUGGGCAAUAUAAAUUCAUCAUCAAUCAAUUUUUUAAAUAAAGCAGAAAAUAUUUUUCAAGAAACAAAAAAUCUUUAUUGGUCAUCAGCCGAUCCAAGAACUGUUGCUAUUGCUUUAUGGCCAAAUGAUAUAGUCAAUACAAAUUAUUUGAAAUUACAAAUUAUUCCAAUACGUGAGGGAGAAGGGAGAGGAGGAAUUCUUGUUGAACGAAAUAUUAAAGAACUAAAAUCAUUUAAUGCAUUAACGGCAAUUACAAUGAAUGUUGAGAAAUUUCAAAAGAUAUUAAUUCAAUAUUUAAGUAUUAAUUAAAUGAAAUUUUAUUUGUUUAAAAUUAUUUUUUAAUGAAUAUAUGUAACACGUGUGAGGAAAUUAAUAUUUUAAUCUCUUAACUACCAUAGCGGUCUCUCAGACCUUUUUUCGUUUAUAGGAUAUUUUCUCUGCGCAUCUUUGUGCGCAACUAAUUCAUCAUAAUCUGUAAUUAUUGUUCUGACGUUUUUUGUGUUAAUUAAUUAAUUAAUAAUAUUAAAAUUUGCUGUUUACUUAUUUUCCAAAAAAAAAAAUGUGAAAUAAAAUUUAAAAAAAAUGAAAUUAAAAGAAAAUACACAUCACAA